CGCAUUGAAACUAUAACUUAAUGACAUAUUAAUUAAAUUUGUUCCAUUUUCAUUUAUUUCUGGCGUAAUCUUGCCGGUAUAUUUACUGUCAAACUUAGCCAUAUACAGCAGCUUAGAUCAACUCGUGUUUAGUAAAUUGUUUAAAAUGUCUGGUGUUUUAUUUGAGGAUAUUUUUAACGUGAAAGAUAUGGAUCCAGAAGGCAAAAAAUUCGACCGCGUUUCGCGUCUGCAUUGUGAAUCGGAGUCAUUUAAAAUGGAUUUGAUUCUAGAUAUUAAUUCAUGGCUGUAUCCAAUGGAAUUGGGUGAUAAAUUUCGUUUAGUGCUAGCUACAACAUUACGAGAAGACGGCUGUCCAGACAGCGGUGAAUAUAAUCCUUUAGAUACAGAAGGCACGAGGGCAGAUACCUUUGAAUACGUCAUGUUUGGCAAAGUUUAUAGAAUCGAAGGUGACGAGGCGCAUAAUGAGGCAUCUUCACGAUUGUCCGCCUUUGUGUCAUUUGGUGGACUCCUAAUGCGUUUACAAGGCGAUGCAAACAAUCUGCAUGGCUUCGAAGUUGAUCAGCAAAUGUAUUUGCUAAUGAAAAAAUUAGCGUUUUAAGUUAUUUUUUAAUAUGUGAAUAAGUUAAAUUUUUUUUUUUUGGAUAAAUGUUGCAAAAUAUAGAAUUAGGGCUUUGUAAAAUAGCAGACAUUAAUUCGAUGUAUCAAAUUUAUACU